UGUAGCCUUGACGGUGCCGACCGACCCACAAGGCCGCUAUCAGCCUAUCAGCGCCGCUUGUUUGCGCGCCAGGCCGCCUGCCCUGCCGACCACGUGCCUGCACCGGGCGCGGCGAUGUUUGCUGUUUGAGGUUAUGUGGCGUGGCCCGGCGCGAUGGGCCAGCACAGCGCCGAGCUCUCGUCGCUCCAAGAAACAUUCAAGUUACAGUCACAGGAGGCAGAGACAUGCCCAGAGAGCAGGAGCUGUCUCCGGGGAUGUGUCCGCUGGCUGGGCCUGGUGACGGUGGAGCCCGUCAUGUUCCUGUACAUGUUUGCGUUCAUGCUCACCACCGUAGUCGAGCAGGCCUUCUUCGUGCACAAGGCCUGCCGCGUCAACAUGAACUACUCGGAGCACGUGUGUGCCAACUUGCAGAAUGACAGCUUUGCUGACGAGAACAAGAAAGUGCAGGUUAUUGUAUCCAACUUCCACCAAUACAACAACAUUGCAUCGAACACAGUGCCCAUAUUCCUGGCGCUUGUGAUUGGCUCAUGGAGCGACAGACGCGGACGCAAGCUUCCUCUGCUCGUGGGACUUGCUGGUUCCUUCUACUACUCUGCCAUGGUCGUGGUCAUAGCACUGCAAGCCUCGUGGCCUGUAGAGGUGGUGAUAUACGCUGCGUCCCUGCCGGCCGCCAUGACGGGACUGAGCAUGGCCAUAUUCAUGGCAGCGUUCAGCUACAUCUCCGACAUCACCACGCCCCAGCAACGGACCAUCCGGGUGGCCAUCCUUGACGUGGUCUACCUUGCCACCAUGCCCACGGGGGUGGCCCUAGGAAAAUACUUGUUCAACAUAACUGGAAGAUCUUACGCCAUCAUGUUCACCUUGAACGCAUCUCUGCUCGCCGCAGCCUUCCUCUACGCCCUGAUGGUGCUGGAGUGGAGGACCACCCCCCGCCAGGAGUCUGAAUCUCUGGCCUCAACCAACUGCUGUGCAGAUCUGUUCGACGUCCAUCACGUCGUCGAGUCCGUAAGAACUAUUGUGAAGAAAAGGCCAGAACACAGGAGGACUUAUCUCAUUAUUGUGCUGAUCUGCAUGGCUCUGUAUACCUUCCAGAGGGAUGAGAAACCAAUGGGUUAUCUUUACACAAUUCUCAAGUUCAAGUGGACUGCCGAUGAAUACAGUGAUUACAGAACCUUCCAGUCUGCUGCUUAUGUGAUAGGAACGCUGCUGGGGGUCCCCAUCAUGAACAAGGUGCUGGGCCUCAGAGACACGGUGAUGGUGCUGGUUGGUGCGGCAGCACACGCUCUCGCGCGGGUGGUGUUCGGUCUGGCGGAGGUGCCCUGGCUCUUCUACGUAGGAGGUACUAUCGUAGGCCUUGGCCCGGUUGCAGCUCCCGUACUCAGAUCAAUCACUUCGAAGCUUGUGCCGAUUUCAGAACGAGGAAAAGUAUUUGCAGUUCUUUCGGCAGCUGACAACGCAGUGCCUCUAUUCUCCGCAGCGAUCUACACUCAGGUGUACAACGCCACCAUCAACACGUUCCCAGCCGCCAUAUUCUGGGUGACUUUUGGCAGCCAGAUGAUAGUCUUCAUACUCAUGCUGGGUAUUCAUCUGUCGCUUGCUGGCAGGCGACUUGAAGCCGAAAAUGAUAUCGCAGCAAUCCCACCAGAUGACGGCAUAAGCUGACGUGAAAUAUUUGAAAAUCACUUAUUUUUUAACAUUUGAAUCAUUUAUUUAUAAUUUUAAAAUAAAAUAAAUUGCGUAACACAUA